AUGGAGCUUAAUUUCUUCGAAUAUCUACCAUCUAAAAUCACGACCAACAUCCUCUCAAGCCUCUCCAUCCGAAGCCUUGCAAUCAGCAAGUCCGUUUGCAAAUCAUGGCUCAAUCUAAUCGAUUCCGACUAUUUCGAACUCAAAACCCUACCCGCCCUAGCUCUCCUGACGACGAAGGAGAGGGACCCAUCUCAGUGCGCGAUUUUCGAAAUUGAAGACGAAGACGAAGUCGAUGCGGAUAAGAGCCAUGAUCUUCACUACAUUCCGCUCACGGAUUUCGAUAUCCCUCACCGAAACAGAGGAUUUAUGGAAGCCAUUCCUCUUUACAUGUGCAAUCUGAUCACUCGUGAAUACACCGAGCUCCGUUGCCCCUUGGUUUACAUCCCACCUCUUCCUUUCAAGUUCGGAUUUGGCGUGAGCAAAAUAAGUGGGCAAUAUAAGGUGCUCAGUAUCAAUAAGCUUCGUGGCUCCGACUCUGAACAUCGCGUAUACACCCUCGGAAUAGGAAUAUGGAGGCGUGUUGAAGCUGGUGCUACUUCUAGUUUCAGACGGAAUGUUUUAGAGUCUUCUCUGUUCCUCCUGCCGUACACACGCAACAACGAAGUUGUCAUCUGGAUGAUGAAGGAAUACCAGGUCGAGGAUUCUUGGACCAUAGAGUACAAGUUGAGUAUUAUUGGUUUUGAUUUUGACUCUGAUUUGGAUUAUAUAUGUGUUCAUCCAAUCAAACAUUUUAAAGAUGGUGACAUUUUGAUGUUGCUUGAUGAAGAUGAUGUCAUCUACUACUCCAACAAAACAAGAACUUUUCAACGAAUAGAUAUGUUUAAGGAUGAAGCUGCGGUUUACCGUGCCGCCCUGAUUUUCACUCCUAGCUUCUUUUCACUCAAGAAUUUCGGAUUAGAGAAUGUGUUCUCGUUUUAG